CAACCUGAUAAUUAGUGACCCGUUUCUACCCCCUUGGUGAGUGUGUGUGCGUAUGUGUUGAUAUCGCUCGAUCCGAGUUGUAUCCGUACGAAGCAGAGUUUCGCUUGAUGACGCUGCCUAAUUGUGGCCAUUGUGGCGAUACCGACGACAGUCAUCGUGCAGCUAACAUCCGUGUGCUAAAAUUGGUGCACGAAAGAAAUACACAUAUAUAUAGACCCGAUGGAACACACCGGAGAACGGUGUCAUUCGCAUGUGAACGUCCGGAACGGAGAGCUGCGUUCGAUCUGCACGGCACUCACUCACUCACUUAAUAUUACAUCAAAUCAUAAUCACGUGUACCUUUAAACGAACAAAACAAAUGGCUACAAAAGGAACCUCGGGCUGCGCACUUUUGGUGGCCACAGUGUGCUGUCUGUUGUGCGUCGAAGCGGGACCACUGCCAAAGGAACAACCAGACGAUAGUUCCUCCGAGGAAGGACAAGGUCAUCCACUGAACUCUCUGUACAGUCCGGUUGAAUAUGGAGCAACCGUUGAAAGCGACGAGGCCACCCUUAUGGGGAUGAACAAUUCCACAAACACUACCAAGGAGCUGUACGUGAUCAAGGCAGUUGUUUAUGAAAUUGGAAUUCUUGCAGAUGUCCCAGACAAUGAAACACUCGAGGAGGGCGAUGAACCCAUCACACACCAACAGGUCGAUCUGUCCUUCUUCAGUCACGGUGGUAACGAUACGCAUCUCAACCUUGGCGAUAUCCCGGUACCGAUUCAAACCAGCGUACAGGGGCAAGUGUUUACCGGCAUUGCACCGGUGCACGUCGGUACUGUGCCGACCAAUUUAAGCGAUCUUCUUUCGGCCCUUCCGAUCGCCGGCACGGUGGUAAACAUUUCGCAAACGAACAGCUCCUACGUGGAGGUCCACAAACACAACAUUAGUGAUGCGGCCGUCCUGUUGAACAGCCAGCAGGGUUUGAAUAGCUUGCCGUUCAAAAGCUCGGUCAGUGAGCCCUUAGUACCGGCCAGUGUCGAUGAGACGGUGAUUGGACUGACGACUAAAACGAAACAACCGCCCAGUGCGGACGUUGCGGAGAAGGAUGAGUAGAGGCUGGGAGAGAGUGAUAAGCUUAUGUUUAUAUUGAUAGGAGCGUUAUAAAAUAUACUUUUACUGAUUUGUAUUCGUUAUACUUUUACUGAUUUGUAUUCGUUUGU